AUGGUCUAUCGUCGGCAAACUGUGGUCUUAAUAUUUUGGUUGGGGUUUUUGGUUGUGCUUAAUGUUUUAUCGGUGUCAUCUAUUCGGGUUAAUUUUGAUAGCAAACAGAUACAUUUUUCAACGGCCUCCCAACAAUCAGUUUAUCAUGAUAGGAAAAGUUUAGAAGAAUUAGACAAUGAAUUUUCUGAAGAGAUUUUGCCUAUUGUUAAAUUGUUCACUGAUCAUGGCGAUUUACUACAGACCACUGGCAUUCGGUGUGAAGUGUGUCAUGCUAUUGCACGUCAUAUUAAAGAGUUCUUGAUGCUAAAUGCUACUCAAGAGAUUAUCAUUCAAGAAGGCAUUCUCAUUUGUUCAUUGUUGAGACUUCAAACCCAACGUGUGUGUUCUGAGAUUAUACCCAAAUUUGGUCCUUGGGUCAUAACAGUCCUUGCUCAUUCUGUAUUCUCUGCGGAAAACUUAUGUACGAAAGCUCAUUUAUGCCCAAAACCUGAUACACCAGAAAAACCAGAGAUCAUUGAUUUACCAGCACCAACUACUGAGAAUCUCUCAGUUUCAGAAAAUCAAAAUGGCGGUGAUGAUCAAAGAAUUUGGGUUGUUCAUUUGAGUGAUUGGCAUUAUGAUUCAGAAUAUGGUGAAGGUUAUGAAGUGAAUUGUGGAGAACCAGUUUGUUGCCGUGAACCAAAUGCUUUUGGUGAUAAAGCCACCACCCCUGCUGGUAAAUGGGGUGACUAUAAUUGCGACGCUCCCAAGAGGUUAAUUGAAAGCAUGUUAGAAUUUUUACCAACUGCUGUGCCAAAAGUGGAUUUCGUUAUAUCUACUGGGGAUCUAAAUUUUAAUUUCAAAGGAUCUUUAUUUUUAUCAUAUUAUAUAUGUAUUUCAGAUGUCUGGGCAGAAACUCCAUCAACCAUAACGGAUAAUAACAAUAAAACUGCAAACAUUUGGCGUAAAUUUUUCACUUCUGCUCCAUUUUUCCCUGUUAUUGGAAAUCAUGAAUCUGCACCAGUCAACUCUUUUCCAACAUCUUCUAUAAGCGAUAUAGCAUCUGUAUCUUGGUUGUAUAGCACAUUGUCAUCACAAUGGAAUAAUUGGCUUUCUGCCGAUGUUCUUGAGUCAAUCGAAAAAAAUGGGUUUUAUUCUGCAAAAUUACCUAAAUAUAAAUUACGAGUUUUAGGUAUUAAUACAAACUAUUUCUAUAAAUUAAACCUUUGGCUUCUUAUAAGACCAAGGGAAGAAUGGGAUCCUGAAUGGAUGUUAAAAUGGAUUAUUGAUCAACUAGAUGAAGCAGAAAAACUUGGUGAAAAAGUCUGGAUAUUGGGUCACAUGUCUGCUUUAGACCAAGAUUCUUUUCCAUCUAUGGGAGUUUAUUUUUCUCAAAUUGUUGCUAGGUACAAAGAUACAAUUGUCGGUCAAUUUUAUGGUCACUCUCAUUGGGACGAAUUCAAUGUUAUUUACGAUAAAUCAAUCAAUGAUCCUUCAAAGGAUCCGGAAGCCGUUGGUAUCGCAUACAUAGCUCCAAGCGUUACAUCUUUUAAAAACAUGAAUCCUGCCUUCAGAGUGUAUGAAAUUGAUAAAGUGACAAAAAAAAUUCUUAACCACUAUACUUAUUCCAUGGAUCUUCAAGAAGCGAAUCGUCUUGAUAAGCCAGAAUGGAAAUUGUUGUAUGAUGCAAAAUCAUUAUACGGACUUGAAAAUUUGGAUCCAAAGAGUUGGCAUGAUCUCACAGAAAAAUUCAUUACUGAUACAAAUGCUUAUAAAAUUUUCAAAAAAACGGCUUCUCGAAAUCAUCACCUUGACAAAUAUGGUUCAUGUUCGGCUCUUGAUACGCAAUGUCGCAAUCGUAUUAUAUGUAAACUUCGUGGCACUAACUCUGGUCAUGGCCCAUAUUCUGAUAAUGAACUUUGUAAAAAACAUGGAUGGUUUCCUCAUUUACCUGAUGAUUGGUUUUUGAAUGCUGCAUUGGGAAAACAUGUGAAUGUUUUUGUUGACCUGGAUAAAACUGAUAAAGAUAAUAAGUUUAAAUCAAUGGGUGAUAAUGAUAAAGAUAAUGAUGGUGAUGGUAUAACCUUUAAAGGACUUUCAAAAACUGUUGUUAGGUUGAUCAUGAGAUUUGUUAUGGGAAAUGACGAUGCAGUGUGUCGUUAA